GUCCUGUGAUUGGGGAGUUUGUGAGCCAGUUGAUGCCUCUGCUUCACAGCUGCCUCCAACCAGACAGAGACACAGAGAUGAGGAUGAGCAUAUUCACAAUGCUUGCUAAGUUGCUUCUGGAUGCAACCAACACACUGGAUUCCCAGGGGCAUUUCCGUGAGGAGUCCGAGAAUUUCCUGUGUGACGUCCUGCUUCCUAACCUGGUGUGGCACGCAGGCCGUACACCUGCUGCCGUCCGCACCUCAGCCCUCAGCUGUCUGCUGGCCCUGCUGCACGGAGGGGCUGUCACGCCUGCACAGCUGCUGUGUCUGGAGGUGAAGCUCAGUCCCCUGGUGCUGUCCGCUCUGGAUGAAGACUCUCAGAUGAGCAGACUGUUUGCUUGCCGUUCUCUGUCCACCAUACUCCAACUCAUAGGAACCAGUCUGCACCCUGAGGCCCUCAACAAGAUCUACCCUGAGCUGCUGAAGCGUCUGGAUGACAGCAGUGAGGAGGUGCGCGGUGUCGCUCUGCAGGCCCUCAGACUGUGGCUGUGCAGCCUGACCAAAGAGUACAACCCUGAGCUCUGCGCUCCUCAUCUGCAGCUCCUCUUCCAGCAGCUCCUCCUGCACCUGGAUGAUCCCAACAGCUCGGUGCAGGACCAAGUGCUCGAGAUCCUGAAGAAAGGCAGCUCGGUCCACCCGGCACUUCUAAAGAGGGAGGCGGAGGCAGUAAGAGACAAACAUCGGAGUCCUCUGUACUGCGACCGGCUACUCCAGCACAUCAGCUCGCUGCCCACGGAGCCUACAGCAGAGUGUCCUGAGUGACAUAAUGUUUGUGCCUCAUUACAUACAACGCUCUCACCUUAUAAUUGUGCAAAAUUGUACAAUGGACCAUUUGUUCGAGAACAGUUUUUGAAAUGUGUUCCUUUUAUUGUAUUUCCUCGGUUCUGGUGUUUGGUUUUAAUGCAAACAAACACAUUUUUGAUGCACUGUGGUUGUGUUUAAAUGUUUUAGUAGCACAUUCAUAAGCUCUCUUCACCCAGACUCUCAGCACCACCAGCCUCCAGAUGGUGCUGAGUAUGAGAGAAGCUGGGUCAUGUGAUUUUUGUCUUCAAAAUAAAAGUGUUUUUUUUGUUGUUGUUGUACUAUUGAUAUGUGUAAAUACUAAUCACAUUAAAAUAAAUCUAAAUCUUUUAA